AUGGAUCGGCAAAAUUCCGAUGACAUCUUGAGAUUUCUCGAUGGAAUGGCUAGCUCCGACGACGUUCUCUUCGGUUUUCUCGACGAAGGAAACCACUCACCUGAGGAUUUCUCGGACUCCGGUAACCUCAACGGCGGCGUAGAUGAAGACGACGACAACGACGACGAAGGCGGAAAUAUCAGAUGCAAUUCCGAAGAGAACAUCGCUUUCUGGAAGGAACAAGAACAACUUCUCCAGGGGACACUGUAUAGAACAAGUUCGAUAGAGACAAAGAUUAGACAAGCGACAAAGGAAGCAUUAAAAGAAGUAAAAUCAAAGGGUCUUCAUUGCGUCUGCCGGCGAUCUUUGGCCGGAGGUUGCCGGAGCUGCUUACGUGGCGAAAUCUCUCGACACCUCCGAGAUGUGGCCGGCUACGAUUGCGUCAUUUCCAAAUCCAAGUGGAGAAGCUCUCAAGACAUCCCUGCAGGGGAACACGAAUACAUAGAGAUUGUGGACCGAUCGGGUUCAAAGAAAGGCGAUAUGCGAGUGGUGAUCGAGUUAUCGUUCAGGGCAGAGUUCGAGAUUGCCAAAGGCGGUGAAGAGUACAAGAGACUAAUCAGCCGGUUGCCGGAGGUUUACGUCGGGAAAACCGAGAGGCUUCGAUCUCUGAUAAAGAUCUUGUGCAUGGCGGGGAAGAAAUGCCUGAGAGACAAGAAAAUGCAUAUGGCUCCUUGGAGAAAACACAAGUACAUGCAAGCUAAGUGGCUUGGCACGUGCGAUCGAUCAACCUCAUUGGAAGCGGCGGUUUCGGAGACGACGGAGCCAGAGAAUUGGGUGCCGCCGGCGAAGCCAUACAGGGUGUCUAUGUUGAAGCACGAUGGUCUGUUAGGAAGUAUGUCCGCCGGGAUGGGCCAUCCUGCCGCUGUAACGGUGGUGUGA